CCAACGACAGUACUCGAGAUGCCGAUAAUGCAUCUUUCGCUGAGACAUCCCUAACUAUGAGUUCCGACAUCGAAGACUCGUGGAAGAGGGUUGUAAAACCAGACAAACCAGCACCAAUCCUUUACGCCCCAUACCUACAUAACCCACGCCUGCAGCCACAUGCAAACCUUUCAUGCUCAAAACUACCCCGCCUGUGCCGCCCGUGCAAACCUUGGACAAGGAAAAAAAGGCAUCGAAGCAUGUCAUUGACACGGACAUGGUCCCUUUCCGGAGAAAAACAUGUGGUAUCAUGCCCGGCAACGCGGUUCAAGUCGUCGGCCCUUUAUGAAAACAAAAUACCCAGUUCGUGCAAGUCGGUUCGAAGUGAGAUGUCGCAAACUGUUGGAUCAAAUCGUUUUUUUUUUGUUUCCCUCCGCGUAAUAAACAAGAGUUGA